AUGUCUCUACUAGACCCUCGCCAGUUUUUGAUCCCUGCUUUCUAUCUCGAUCCUACGACUCAAGCAUUGCUAGCUCAAGUUUCUGCUCAAAGUUCCUCUGGUGGCGGCAAGAUCAAUCUGGCCAAUUCAUUUAGAAUUUCCGAUCUUCUCGAUGCAUCGAAUCAUCAUUCCAACGAACCAGAUCCAUCUCCCACAUCCAACAACUCAUCCGAAUCUCCAUCAUCGCCGCGAGCAGGGAGUCCGAAUACCGAGAGAUCUGUCAAUGAGAGUCCGACGUGUGUGGGAUCCAAAAAGGCCAGGAAGGCAAGGACGAUUUUCACGGACAAGCAACUCCAGGAGCUAGAGAAUACAUUUGAGAAACAAAAGUAUCUAUCUGUACAAGACCGAAUGGAGUUAGCUCACCGAAUGGGAUUAACCGAUACACAAGUGAAGACGUGGUAUCAGAAUAGAAGAACCAAAUGGAAGAGACAAGCGUCGGUUGGAAUGGAUCUACUACAUGAUGCUGGAAACAUGGCAGCUGUUCAACAACUUCUUAGGACCAACCCAUACUGGGCAAAUUAUCUCUCUCAAAACACUACCAUGUUUGGAGGAGCCACCGGCCGUCCGAUGUUCAAUCCAAUGAUGGUUCCUGGAGCAGCUAUGGUUCCUAAUGGCAAUGCUCAAAUCUCCCUGCUCCAAUUUCUAGCUGCACAAAAUAUGAAGGAUGGUUCCAGCUCUCCGAAGGAUACACCUUCAGUGUCUCCCGACUCUGUGAAAAAGUCUCCUGAAUCUAAAGAUAAUAAGGAAGCGGAUGAAAAAGAUGAAUGA